AUAGACAUCACAUGUAUUAGAAGCCAGAAAAGGGUCCACCAUUUCUUUCUUUUUGGGCUCUCGUUUGUUUUUUCAUGGCCGUGUCGGUUUCCGUGUUCGCGUAUGCACUCACCUUUUGCUCCCUAGUGGGCGUAUGACUUCUGCCCUCAUCGUGCGUACCAGCUCACACCCCCCCCCCCUCUCUCUCCUAUCUUUCUCUCUCUAGAAGCAGCGUAUACUAAGUGUGCCAUUUCCGUUUCCGAAGCAUUAAAAAAUUAGAGGCGUAUCGGUAUGUCCGCGGAGAAGGGGGUCAGAGGAUUGGUUGGGCCAUGAAAUUUCACGAAUUAGACACGUGUGGAUCCCACCAUACGAUAUUUUAUCUUUUCUUUUUCUCCCAAAGACUUGCGCCGUUUGUGGACAAUUACUUAUUCAGUUGAAGUUUCUGUGUGAUUUAAUUUCAAAGCAUACGUCUAGACAUUUGUGUAUUUGUGGAGAACUAGGAACUGUGGAUUGUCGAGACAGUUAUUUCUUGUUGUGGGUCGAAAAGAUUUUUGGAGUGCUGGAGCUUCUUAUUCUUCUUCAUUGUGAAAGUUUGGUAAAGUUUCUUCCUUUACAGAUUAAGUAGGAGUAUUAUUUAUUUUUUCUGCUUUCUGGAAUAUUCCACUUUGUGCAUAAAUUUUGGUAGUUUUGUACUUUCUGGGCAUUGCUUGGAAAUGAUAACUUGUUUCUUGAUGGAUUUUGCUCUUCUUGAAAAGGGAUUCGGAUCAGAUUUUCCUAUACGUCAUUCUCCAGAUUGCUUGGAGUAAGAAUUGCAUUGGAAAAACAUAAGGCUAAGUUUCCUACCAUAGUUGAUGAACAUAGCAGAAGUUGAAAGUGUCAAGGUACUCGUAUUCUGCCAUUAAUGUAUUGUGUUUCCUUGGAGUAUGGAAUGCCCAAGUACGAACUUGGGGAAAGACAGUGGUGAGGAAGAAAAUGAAGUACUGUGUGCUAUUGAAUGUCUAAAAUCCAAUCGAGAAACUGUCGUUCCGAAAAGAUGCAGAAAAAACAUAGCGCCUGGGAAGACACAGAUACUCAGUAUUAGGAGGUCGAGAGCUAGUGCAACUUGCAGGGAGUUGUUCCUGCAGAACAUUCACGCCUCACGAAAUAAUAUCCCUAAGCAUAUUAUCACCUUUGAUGAAAAGUAUGCUAUUCGUUGCCUUCAGUUGAUACGUAACUUCGCAGUAAGGGCAGCUGCUAGGAAUUUCAGCUCAAAAGUUGAUAUUUUUCCUGAUCAUACUAGUCAUUUAGCAUAUAUCGAGGAUAGAAGUUCGAGUAAUAUGGCGAUUGAAUAUCCAUUGGUAGGUGGAACUGAGGUCAUCGUGAACUCAACUGGUGACUGGACCAUUGGCACCGUCUCUGGUAGCCAGACUAUGAUCAACAUCUUGAAGAGCCCCUUACUUCAACAAUUUGGCUCCUUAGAUGCCAAUUUUGUGAAAACAAAUUUUCUUGGCCGGAGCGAACACUUUGAUUUUGCAGGCUCUGUAAAAGCAACCGAUAAUGUAGCUCCUAACGUAGAGAAGGAGGUAAAAUUUCUUGAUCAUAGAUAUGCAUCUGCACCUCUGCAUAGAAGGGAAGCUUCUGUAUCGAGCACAAGCUCCAGUUUCUCUGAUCAGUCAUCUUCUUCGGGGAGUGGUAUCUCGUUCCAAGGAAUGCUACAGUGUACAUGGAAGGACGGAUUGCCGCACCAUGUUUUCACUGUGGAUGACAAGAGGGAGAUCUAUGCAGCUGAUUUAUCGAAGGUUGAGCGUUCGGAUGACAAAGGUCUGGAUUACUUGUACACAUUCCACUCGCGAAGAAAUGGCAAGAAAGAGCGUGAUAUCCACGAUCUUGAGUCGCAAAGUAUUGCCAAGAUGCGAGUGUCUUCUUCAAUCAGAUUUUCUUCCAAUGAUACGGAAGUUAGGGAGACUCAGUUCAUUCUAUCUAUUGACAGUGACAACCGCACAGGGGAGAUGCAAAGCUCAACUCAAGCCCACAAGAAGAACAAGAGAUUGACAAAGAAAAUGGUGGAUGUUUUCAGGCCGAGUCAAUCGUACAAGCAGAGAUCCUCUUCUAAGGCAGGCGCCAUUCUUGAAGACACUCCAUUGGAACCAUCUGAAGAUGUUCAUGAUAGUUUCCUCGACGUUGGUGAUAGGUGUGCAGAAUAUAAAUACUCACCGAAUCUUGAGUUGGCUGCCAUUGUUGUGAAAGAUAUCUACCAGCACCCUAAAGAGGCUGAGGCUGGAGGAUGGGGAUUGAAGUUUCUUAAAAAACCGGGAAACAAAGAAUCUCUGGAUGCCACGACACGUCCCAAACACUCUAGAAACACGGGCGAAUGCUCAACAAGCAUGGACAUAUUGAUCCCUGCAGGUAUUCAUGGUGGACCAAGAACAAGAGUGGGUGGCCCUUCGAGCAUUAUUGAGAGGUGGAAAUCCGGUGGCCACUGCGACUGUGGGGGCUGGGAUGUUGGUUGUCCACUAACAAUUUUCAACACUGGAUCGGGAAGCACAGAUUGCUCAUCCCAGGAGUGCAAGUCGUUUGAUCUCUUUAUGCAGGGUUCAAAACAAAAUAUACCAAUCAUGAAAAUGGUGAAUAUUCACAAGGGGUUGUAUUAUAUCCAUUUCCAGUCAAGUCUGUCGACUUUGCAGUCCUUCGCAAUUGCUGCUGCGUUGAUUCAUCCGCGUAGUCCUGUUAUUCGAUCCAAAGUGUAUAGGGCUUGAGGCGAGCUGAUGAGGAAUUAGUGUGUAUAAAAACUGCUACCAUUAGCAAGUAAAACGUUACAGCAUACGUACAUGUUACGAUAGUUGUUUUGAUUUGAGGUGUUGCAGAGUUAGAUUAUUAUUGCACUUGUAACCACAUAUUUUAUGGUGUCAGGCUCAGGGUUUUUAAUCCCCUAUAGUCUGCAUAUGAAUAUCAUAUAUAGUAAUAUAGUUAUUCAAACCUC